AUGGUGUAUGUUGUCAUUGUGGUAGGCGUGGUAGUCGAAGUAAUUGGAAGAAUCCUAGUAGUCGUGGUCAAUGUGGUAAGCGCUGUGCUUGAAGAAGACGAUGGCCUUGUUGAGGUAAGUGAGGAAGUCUUAGUAGGUGUGGUAAGCGUGGUGAGUGUGGUGCUUGAAGUAGAUGAUGUCCGUGUAGUAGGCGAUGCAGAUAAGGAAGCUGUAGUAGGUGUGGAAGUGGUAAUGAUUGUGCCGGAAGUAGAUAACAUCCGUGUAGCAGUACUAGUGGAUGUUGGUGAGAAGGUCGUACUCGGUGUGGUAAUCGUAGUAAGGAUGGUGCUUAAAGUAGGUGGCGUCCGUAUAGUGAUACUAGUCGAGGUAGGCGAGGAAAUCGUAGUAGGUGUGGUAAUUGUGGUGAGAGUAGUGCUAAAAGUAGGUGUUGUCAUCGUAGUAGUCAUUGUAAGCGAGGAAGUAGUGGGUGUUGUGAUCACAGUUGAAGUAGGCGAGGUAGCCGUGGUAGGUGUGGUGGUUGUAGUAAGGGUUGCUGUCGGAGUAGGUGCUGUGAUUGCAGUAGGGGCACUAGUCGGAAUAGUGGUAGUUGCUACAGUUGCCGCAGUGGGCGUAUUAGUAGGGUUAGGUGUACUUGUAGUAGUAGGGAUGGCUGCAGUGGGUUUAAAGGCACUGCCUUGCGUUGUUUUGAUCGUGGUACUUGAAGCAGUACUGGCUGAAGAUGUCAUGAUUGUUACCGUAGCCUUAGUAGGCAUGAGCAUAGUAGUUGCAAAAGAUGGUAUGCUAGACGCUGCAGUAUUUGCCGUAGUUCCAGCUGUAGGUGAACUCGUGGUAGGCAUCGCUACUGUGCUUAUAUCAGAGCUAACUGCAGCAGAAGCGGUAGUUCUGGAUGGUUCUGAAACCGCCGUAGUGACUGCUGCAGUUGAAGAGGACGCUGCAGUUGUGAGGAAGUACAAGCGGCUUUUCACGGAUCACCUGGAUGGGCUUUAUCCAAAUGUUCCAUAUUCAUUGAAUAAGCGGAAAAGAUGGAUGACCACAAGUCCUGCAUCACUGCUGGCUAACCAAACUUCCUCGCUCGAACUCUGUGUAGUCAAUAAAAAAGCGACUAAUUGGCACACAACCAUUUACGACCAUAGCGCAAACAUAGUCACACAUUUUCACGUGCUUGAUGAUGAUGUCAUCACAACAUUUUCCGCAACCAGAGGCAGACAAUCGCUGCAAUUUUAUACGAAUCUGCUGGGAGAGGAACGAGGAUUAGACAAAGACGAAGCAGAACCAGCUCGAAUGCACUACAAUGUCGUCUCACAUCAGCCUGUAAAAGGAUUCGAUUUUAAACAGAAUAGAAAAUUUGGACGAACGGGCGAAGAAGAUAGCAAAGCUACUAGAAGAAGACUGAAAAGGACAUCAAAGAAGUUGUGCAUUGAUGAAGCUUUCCCCAGUGAGCGGAUUGAAAUUGACGAAGAGAAGGAAAUGUCAAACUGUUGCGAGGCAGAAGUUUCACGCCAACUAUCUCUUGAAGACUUUAUGAGAAUCGAGCAGCCGUCAACAUCCCCAAAUCCGAAAAAUAUCCCUAGCAGCAAUGGGAUGGUCACGUUGAAACCAUCCAAGAUGAUUGACAUUUCUACUGCCACAAAUGCUCCAGGUGUUUUUGAAAAUAACAAUCUCAAACUAAGCAAGCUCGAUACCUUCGACCUAAAAGAAGAGAUUCCAUUAUUGGCUCCAGGAUACUGUGCUGUGCACUGGUUUGGCCCAGAACGUGUAUCUGUUGCUAGCAAACUGUCCAGCAAUCCAAGUCCAGUGUUUGUGCUUUUCUUUGAGCUUUCAAGGAAGACGGACAUUCUCAGACCUCCACCGGAAAGUUUCCUCAGAUUCACAGAUUGCAAGGGAAACUUUAUGGCCGGUGUCAAUAGUGCUAUGCUGGCCAUCGAGGCAGACCGAGCUGACACAUUUGCUCAGCUAGAGCUUCUACGCUCUUACUAUCAGAAAAUGGAUUCAGAUUGA